AUGUCACGAAAGCGCGAAUCGACGUUAGGGAGCCUGUCGUCGGCGGCCACCGAGUCGUAUACCAUCGCCAAGGAGGUCGUCAUGACCCCGUUCGCGUCCGAGCACCGCCGCACCGAGAGCACCCGCAUACUUGCCGACCUCGCGCCAUCGCUCAUGCAUCCCAAGUUUACGAGUAGAGCGGGUACGCCCGUCGGCCUCACCCGCCCCCAUCGCCCGUCGCUGCUGAGACUACCGACCAACGUCCCAGGUGUCGGCAGAUUCGGGCAGGAGCCACCUUCCGCAACUUCCCUCGCGAUCCUCGAGAACGCCGAAGUGCUCGCCCAACUGUCGCUGGAUAGAGGCGAGUCGGUGAGCGAGGUGUCGCUCAUCCGCGGCUUCCGCGCGACAAUCCCGUCCUCGGAGCUCAGCAAGCAGCGCCGUAGGACGCAGCGGGGGGAGCUCGUCGACACGGACCUUGGUGGCGACCGCCUCGGGCUUCGUAAGCUUGGAGAGCGUGCGCGCGGCCUCCUUACCGAGGGCGAGCACAGUGGUGGAGAGGGCGAGGACCGGCCUGGGGUCAAGACCCGCCGCCGGCGGAAACAGAGCCGAGCCUCUCGCGAGGCGCUCCUCGCGUCCAACGUCCAUCUCGAGGACCUGCUCAAGGCUGCCGACGAGAUCGCACAGGACAAGGACAACCUGCGCGUGCGCCAGAGCCUCGUCAAUGCCGAAAUCGCCGAGGUCACUGCCAAAAUCGGCACGCUCGAGGAGAUCCGGCGGCGGUUGCAGAAGAGCCUGCUCAAGUUGCAGGAGGAGAGCCUCGAGCUCGACGACGAGCUAGAGGGCGUACAGGAGAUGAUGGCAUCGCCGAGCGUAACGUCGGCUGCUGGCACCAAGGCACUGCCGCCCACGGCGGCUACGCCCGUCAAGAGCUCGCGCCGGCGAAAGGGCCCAGCAUUCCUUCCUUCGGAGCACGACGAGUUGCCCUCUGGUGUGGCAUUCAUGUCUCUCCAAGCUCACACUGGGCCGAUCACCGCGCUCGACUUCAACGAACCAUACGGUAUGCUCGUUACUGCGGGGCAGGACGACGUCGUCAAGGUGUGGGAUCUCUGCGAUGGCGAGACGAUCGGCGAGUUGCGAGGGCACAAGGGCACGGUGAAGACGGUCCAGGUCGAGGACACGCUUUGCCUGACGGGGGGAGCGGACGGGAACGUCAAGAUGUGGGACCUGCGCCUCGUCGAGGACUACGAGGACAAGCUGCGCGAGCAGUCGGACAAGGCGCGGCGGGAUCCGCUCUCGAGCAUCGCCGAGAAGAAUGAGGGGGGUGGCGAAGACGACGAGGAGCCGGCCAAGGAGGACCCCGGGCCGUGUGUCCGCACUCUCGAGGGCCACAGCAAGGCGGUCACGGCCAUGUACUACGAGGACGGGACGCUCAUUACGGGCUCGUCAGACAAGACGCUGCGGCAGUGGGACGUCUCGACGGGGCAGUGUGUCCUGACAAUGGACAUUCUCUGGGCGAUCAGCAACCCACCCGUUCUGCCAUCUCUGCCGCCUUCGCCUCGCAAGAAGACGCGUUCGGGCCUGUCCCACCGGUCGUCCACGUCGUUCGGCUCGGUGCAGUACGACGACCUCCUCCCGUCCCCUGGGGGCGCAACGAACCCGAACGCGGCGCAGCAGCAGCUCCUCGCUGCCGUGACUGGCCAGUUUGCCGUUCCCACUCCGCCGUUCGCUGACGGCACUUGGGACAUGUAUCAGGACUUCGUGGGCGGCGUGCAGUUCUGGGGCUACGCACUCGCGAGCGGGUCGGGCGACGGCGCUGUGCGCAUGUGGGAUAUGCGGACGGGCCAGGCGCACAGGACACUCACAGGCCACACCGCGCCCGUGACGUGCAUCCAAUUCGAUGAGCACAAUAUUGUCUCGGGCUCGCUUGACAAGGCCAUUAGGAUAUGGGACAUGAGGAUGGGCGCAGUGUCCGAACUGCACAAGUACGAGUUCCCAGUUACGGCUGUGCAGUUCGACAGCCGCAAGGUGGUUGCAGCGGUCGGCGAGAACGGCGUCGAGGUUUACAAUCGCACCACCGCUGAGCACUCGCGUCUCGUGGUCAACGGGCACACGAAGCCUGCCGAGCGCCUCCGCUUCAUGGACAAAUACCUGGUGUCGGGCGGGCGCGACGGCUGCGCCAAAGUGUGGGCGAUGUAA